AUGUAUAGCGGAAAGACUUAUAAAAUUCUUUUGGCAAUCGAAGAAACAUCUAUUUCACAUAAUGCAAUUGAAUACGCGUUCGAUCUAUGUUCGCGUUUAAAAGAUCCGUAUAUUCUAUCAAUAAUCUAUGUCAUUGCAUUAAAUCCUGAAACAAGUGUCCCGUUUUUGCAUAAUCUAGACAAAGCAAAUAAUCUUGAUAUUCUUCUUGAUGCAAAAGAGACUGUGGGCAAAUUAAGAGAUUACUUGAAGACAUACGAUAAAACCUACCCGGAUGUACAAUAUGAUUUUAUUGAACACGAAAGUCAUGGAACCGUCGGGGAAAUUCUAACCGAAUAUAUUUCUCUACAACAACCGAAUUUGCUAAUUAUUGGAUCAAGGAAUCUUGAAGGCUUACAAAAGGUCCGUUUGUUAUUCCCUCGAAUAUCUUCCAUUGUGUUGAGUUCAACUAGUGAAUAUUUGGUGAGACAUGUAUGCUGCCCGGUGACAAUCAUUAAACAAUGA